UGUUGGAAUCUGUAUCCUCGCCAAGAAGGAUGUCGUGCCCAACCGUGGUUGUCGUGGCGAUCUGCAUUUCUUUGAUCCCAUAUGGUUCCACAAUUCCUGCAAAGGUUAAACUCACGCAGACAGAGAUUGUACAUAAUGAGGGAUAUAAGGCCGACAUUCAUGUAGAACGUAGCGAUAGGAUUCAUCUAAACCUUAUAAAAUCAGAUUCACCCGUAUUUCAUCCCAACAUGAGAGUUGUUAUAAGUGGAGAUAACGGACAUGAGGACGUCACUCCAACCACCGAACGGUUGGAUGACCUAAUGAAUUCAAUUUAUGAGGAUUCUCAACAAAAUGCCAUUGUCAGCGUGGUGAACGGAAGUCAGGGAUUAAUAAUUCAGCAAGGAAUAAUUGACGAGAAAAAGAUAAAUCAUAUCGGCCAAGGGGAUCAUGACGUGUCUAACAUUUUCAAUGGUGUCCUCACUACUAGGGGAGUAAUUGAUUUCGUAAGUCCUCCUUACGAUCCGUUGGACUGGACCCCACGUAAUGAAACGAUUGGGGUUAGAAACUCAAUUAUGGCCGUGGGAACGGUUGAAGUUCUUUUGGUAAUCGAUUUCUCGAUUCAAACCUGGUUUGGGGGGAAUGUCGAUAGGAUAACGGAGUAUUAUGCACUUUUCAUUAAAAGUGUGAACAAUAUCUAUGCCCAAAGUGAAGAUCCUGCAAUUAAUUUCCAAGUAGUCGGGAUCAAUGUUAUCACGACUCGUGCAGCCCAGCCGUACAUAGAAAAUAAUCCAUCUCUCACUUCCCCAGAAGCUUAUCUUAUUGGGCCCACCCUUACUGAUUUUUCAACAUUUAUGUCAACUAAUGCUGCACAAUAUCCUGUAAAUGAUGUGAUUGUGUUACUAACUGGAGAAACGUUUGAUUUGUCCCCCGACGGAGAAAUACUUGGACGGGCAUACAUUUCUGGGGCGUGUAAGCCUACGGAAAAAAUGGCUAUUGUAACCGACCCCAGAGCCAGAUUUGGAGGAGUUAUGAUAUUUGCGCAUGAAAUGGGACACACCCUUGGAUCUUGGCAUGAUGGUCAAGGGACCUCCGCCGACUGUGCGCCAGACGGUGGGUUUCUAAUGCAGGCGGGAGGAGGGAAUGGAGAUAAUCGGUUUAAACUUGGUUCAUGCAGCAAACGAGCGAUAAAUACUUAUAUAAGUUCCGUUAGUGGAACGUGUUUGUCUGUGAAAAAUAAUGUCGGAGUUCCAUGGGAAGUUCCAUCCAAUCUCCCGGGUGAUUUGGUCGACCUGAAUGCUUUCUGUAGAAACUCGGUACGAAAUCCGAACGCUCGAGUGGAUACGGAUCCAAGUAUAAGACCAGAUGAUAUGUGCUAUGCUGUAAGAUGCCAGUAUCCUCCACCAUGCGAUCCACCCAGCCAAGAUGCAGUUUGUAGGGGAACUUCAAGAUACCCGGCACCAGAUGGAGCAGCAUGCAGUUCGGAUGGGAAAUGCCAAUUAGGAAGAUGUGUAAAGACUGCCCCAUUCAGUUGCACGGGGGAAGGAACUUUCGUUAACAAUACGGAUUGUCGCAAGUAUUUCAGAUGUAUAAGGAUUUCAGGAACCUUGUACACAUACAGUAUGACCUGCCCGGCAGGAUCUUAUUUUAAUGCGGCACGAAAAAUGUGUCUUGCUGGGGCGUGUUAAAGAAUUAUGGGGUUGACUGUAACAUAAAUUUUAUUUUCUGUUUCAAUAAAGUUAACUAAAUCAUACAUGUUCAAUAUAAAA